AUGGCGGAUUCAAGCUUAGAUUCACACGAGACGAUGAGAGGAAGAGAUGUGAAUAAAGUGGCAACAGGACAACAAGCUCCAAGACCAGUUCAUGAAUACGGCGAAAUCACUCAAACUCCACCUCAACCACCCGAUGACUCAUCCAUCAUCAACGUUGAUGACUUGAAAACAGCUCCUUGCGACUAUCGUUUUCCUACCACUAACCAAACACGCCAUUGCUACACUCGCUACAUCGAGUACCAUAGGUGCAUAAGAGCCAAAGGAAAGGAUGCACCAGAGUGUGACAAGUUUGCUCGUUAUUAUCGUUCACUGUGUCCAUCUGAAUGGAUUGAGAGGUGGAACGAACAGUUGGAGAAUGGGACGUUUCCUGGUCCUCUUUAG